AUGAGUCGCCGUCGCAUAACACAAGAUUUCGAACAAUAUCAGAAGUCUAGAUCUAAAUUUGUACAGACUGUCGCUGUGCUUGCAUCUCAGACAGAAAAUAUUGAAGUUCUACAAAAUUUAGGAGUAUUGUCCUUAUUGAGACCACUUUUACUUGAUACGGUACCCACAAUUCAACAAACCGCAGCUAUCGCGUUAGGACGUCUGGCUAAACAUCGAAAAGAUUUGGCUGAAGUUAUUGUUGAAGGUGAUAUUUUACCUCAACUGGUUUAUUCUCUAGCUCAACAGAACAGAUUUUACAAACGGGCGGCCACAUUUGUACUGAAGUCGAUAGCCAAACAUUCAGCUGAACUCUCGCAAAGCAUCGUAGAUUGUGGAGCUCUGGAUGCGCUCACUGUUUGUUUAGAGGAAUUUGAUCCGGCCGUAAAAGAGGGUGCCGUAUGUGCAAUUGGAUGUAUUGCUAAACACUCAGCCGAACUUUCUCAAGCGAUCGUAGAUGCGGGUGCUAUUCCAUUGCUCGUGUUAUGCAUUCAAGAGCCAGGAAUGAGUCUUAGAACAGCAACUGCAUGUACGUUAGCCGAAAUAGCGAAACAUACUGCUGAUCUUGCUCAAUCAGUUGUUGAUGCCGGGGCAAUCGCUCAUCUUGCACAUCUUAUGCUGUAUCAAGAUUCAUCACUAAAGCGCCAAAUACUUGCUGCAUUAUCUACAAUCGCUAAACAUUCUGUGGAUCUGGCGGAGCUGGUAGUUGAGGCAGAAAUAUUCCCAAAUGCAUUGUUGUACCUUAAGGAUGCAGAUGAAACUGUUAGAAAAAAUUGCGGCAAUCUGGUAAAAGAAAUCGUCAAACAUACGCCAGAACUCAGUCAGUUAAUUGUUAAUUGCGGUGGAAUAGCUGCAUUAGUUGACCAAAUCGGGGAUUCAAAAGGAUAUACAUGUUUACCGAGUGUUAUGGCUCUGGGAUAUAUAGCUGCUCAUUCUGAAACUUUAGCAACGAGUGUCAUAUUUUCAAACGCGGUUUCACAAUUGAAAUGUGUUCUCAUAAGAGAAUCGAGCGAGGAUAUACAAGCUGCCGCAGCUUGGGCACUUGGUCAGAUUGGUCGCCAUUCUCCUGAACAUGCAAAAGCCAUAGCUCAAUCUGACGUACUGCAGAAUUUGUUGGAUUGCUUUCUAAAGCCAAGUGCUUCGGAGGAACUUAAAGCGAAGACUAAAAAGGCAAUGAAGCUAAUAAUUCAAAAAUGUACCAACUUAGAGGCACUAGAAACGUUACUACAAAAAGCACCUCCAAGUAUCUUAAAACAUGCAGUCGCACAGUUUAGCAAAGUACUGCCACAUGACAGCAGAGCACGUCGAUGGUUCGUGGCCUCUGGAGGUCUUAAAAAAAUACAGGAGCUGAAGGAUGACAAUGAGGGCCUUUUGUCAGAGUACAUUAAUGCUAUAAACAACUGCUACCCAGAAGAGGUUGUACGUUAUUAUUCCCCAGGGUAUGCCGAAACAUUAAUGGAGCGUGUAGAAGCAUACCAAAUACCGAUUUGA